AUGGGACGUUUGAAGACGAAUGAAAAAUUUGGAAAAGCCGCUGUGAUUCUCUUCAGUACUGCUUUGGCUGCUGUUAGAGUUUCAAUCACGGAGCUUCGAGUAGCUGCUGCAGCCCUACGAAUCGUACAGCAUGGGCAUCCCCCUCCAGUUUGUGCUUCUACAAAAUCAGCUCCUUCAUCAGACAGCUCAAUUAAGUGUCCCCCCGGGGGGCUGAAGGUGUGCAUUGUGGGUUCUGGAAACUGGGGUACUACCAUUGCAAAAAUCAUUGGCAGCAAUGUCAUGAAUUCCCAAACAUUUGACGAAGAAGUGAAACUUUGGGUAUUUGAAGAGAUGGUUGAAGGAAAGAAACUGUCAGAAAUCAUCAAUGAGGAACAUGAAAACAAGAAGUACCUGCCAGGAUACAAGUUAACCCCCAAUGUGGUGGCUAUUCCAGAUUUGUUGAAAGCAGUAGACAAUGCUGACAUCCUUGUAUUCAUCACACCCCAUGAAUUUGCCCCAAAAACCUGCUCCGAGAUAAAAGGUCAUCUGAAGCCUGGGGCAUUUGGAAUCUCCCUCAUCAAGGGAGUUCAUGAGAGUCCUGGGACCUUGAGGCUGACCUCUGACAUCAUCCGAGAGAUACUUGGCAUUGAAAUAAGUGUGCUGAUGGGGGCUAACAUCGCCAGAGAGGUGGCUGAUGAAAAAUUCUGUGAAGCCACCAUUGGAUGCACCAACAAGAAACAUGGAAAGAUCUUUAAAGAAUUAUUUGAAACCAUCAACUUCCGAAUGACAGUAGUGGAAGACGAUGAGACUGUGGAGCUCUGUGGAGCACUAAAGAAUAUCGUGGCCCUUGGAGCUGGCUUCAUUGAUGGCUUGGAUCAUGGGGAUAACACUAAGGCUGCGGUCAUCCGCCUGGGACUCUUGGAAAUGAUCAACUUUGCUAAGAUCUUCUGCAAAACGCCUGUCCAAGAAACCACCUUCCUAGAGAGCUGUGGGAUUGCUGACCUCAUAACCACGUGUUAUGGAGGUCGAAGUAGGAAAGUGGCUGAAGCCUUCGCACGAACAGGAAAGUCCAUUGAAGAGUUAGAAAAAGAGAUACUUAAUGGACAAAAGCUUCAGGGGCCUCCAACUGUCAAAGAAAUCUACAAGAUCCUGAAAAGCAAAAAGGUGGAUGAUAAGUUUCCAAUAUUUGUCUGCAUCUAUGAAAUAUGCUGUGAGGGAAAACCAGUGAAAGACUUCAUCUGUUGCCUGCAGACUCAUCCACAUCAUAAAUGA